AUGGACGAAAUAAAUCAGGCAUCAGUCGCCGCAGUUGUCCAAGAUGCCGGAUCUUCACUCCCACCCUCUACCGCUGCGCGGUGCGAACCGAAAGCCGCCGCGGACAUCUUGGCCGAGGUCGUCCUCGCGCUCGACAAGACGCCAGCCGACUACGCCACGACCGAGGCCCAUGUCAAGCGCGUCGGCGGGCUCAGCGAGGACCUCCCCUACAGCGCCGCCCUCGUAGAGCUGCAUCACGGCGUGCGUUGGGAGCAGGCCGCCGCGUCGUGGCGGCAGUGGGGCGGCGGCGACUACAACCUGCUGUUUGACAACAUUGGCCAGGCGAGCAAGGCGUACCAGACGGUCGGGGGCGACCCGGCGGUCGGCCGGGAUUGGCGGCUGAAUGAAGCGGCUAGGCGUGGGUUUCUGCGGCUGAUGGCCAUUGGCUUGGACAUGGCGGUGUUUGGGCUGCGCAGGAGCGCGGCUUCUCCGUUCGGUAUGGAGGCUUUGCGCGUGGCCGAGAAUGGACGCAGGAGGAAGAAAGGAGUCAGGAACAGGCGGUGA